AUGGCCACCAACGUGCUCGGCGCGCGCGACACGAAUGCGCAGAUCAAGCCUACGCCAUCGCCAGAGAAGGAGAAGCCCAAGAGCCUUGACUACCAUCGCCAAGUCUUGCAUUCGCGCAUCAACGAUGAGCAGCCCCAGCAAUUCGUCUCACCAUCCGACGAGAUUCAAUCUCCUGCCACACAGAAGCUGCAGGCCUUCAAGACCAAGCACGCUAUGAAGAAGUCGAAGCCACAGACGCUGUUUAAGAAGACGAGCUCCAAGAACUUCGAGUCGGCCAAGGGUACGGCCAUGUUUGCUGAUAUUCCCAAGAAAGAGGCCGUUCAGGAGGAAGAAAGCGCCUAG